AUGACACAGAGUGGAAACGGAACAGCAUGUGAGAGUGAUGUUACAUCACUUGGUACCGGACAAGGGCUGAACUUUGAUGAGGACACACUGAAAGGUAAAGAUUCUUACGACUGUUAAUAGUGUAUCACCAAAUGGCCUUUAACACAGCAAACUAAAAAGUGUUGUUGUCAAUAUGGUCAUAGCCGCCAAAUGUUUAUAAUUAUCUAAUUAACAAUGUUUUUAUGAGGAAUUUUUAUCAAUAAAGUAUUAUCAAUAACGAAAGCUGUUGCAAAUUAUGACUAUUAUCUUCUUAAGUUCUAUAGAGUGUUUUCACUCACGUGGCCAGCAUCUAUGCAAAUUUAUUGGAACAAAAGAAAGCGUUUGCAUAAGAAAGGAGUUCAACUCCCACAGGACUGGUUUGGGACACCAACAUGGCCGCCGUUUCAUUGUUUUGGGACACCAAUAUGGCCGCCGUGACGUCAUGUGAAAACACUCUAUAAGGCUAUGAUAUACAAGUAAACGUAACCGAGUUUCACUUAAUUAGACCAAAAAGAAAUAAUAUGUUUUUUAAGAGUUAUUCUAAUGAUGGUACAUUGCUGCAAUUAACUCUCGAUUCUGUUUUUAAACAUGGUUCUGUCACGCGUUACUGAAGUGGCACUGUAGCUCGCUGCUACUAAAUGGAUUGACUACGUAAAAAAAUAAUGAAUAAUUGAAAAAAAAAACAUCGCUUUAAAUCCGAAGAUGAAUCAGCUACCGAGAUUGUCGAAACGAGAGUUGGCUGUGGUUGGUUACUAGGGUGGCGUGAGCCGUGAGUGAGGCAUUGAAUUCUGAAAAGCAGUUUCAGGUCUUGAUUGAAAGCGCAAUGGAAAAAUGAAUCAGAUUACGUGUACUGUCCUGUUAUAUGAAAAUGACUUUACCGAUCGUUUCAUGACUGCCUUUUACAGAAUUGUUUAUUGAUUUGUUUCAAUAAAAAUUUUAUAGUAAUGUAAGUUUACCAUUUGUGUCAAAAUGAAUGGCUGUUUUGUUUGCAGUGCUUAUACAAUUGAAGAUAAUAUUAAUUUACAGCUUUAUACUGAUUUUUCCAGAUCAAACCAUCAUGACACAGAGUGGAAACGGAGCAGCAUGUGAGAGUGAUGUUACAUCACUUGGUACCGGACAAGGGCUGAACUUUGAUGAGGACACACUGAAAGGUAAAGAUUCUUACGACUGUUAAUAGUGUAUCACCGAAUGGCCUUUAACACAGCAAACUAAAAAGUGUUGUUGUCAAUGUGGUCAUAGCCGCCAAAUGUUUUUAAAGAGCAAACGGGAUUUAUCUAAUUAACAAUGUUUUUAUGAGGAAAUUUUAUCAACAAAGUAUUAUCAAUAACGAAGGCUGUUGCAAAUUAUGACUAUUAUCUUCUUAAGUUCUAUAAGGCUAUGAUAUACAAGUAAAGUUAACCGAGUUUCACUUAAUUGGACCAAAAAGAAAUAAUAUGUUUUUUAAGAGUUAUUCUGAUUAUGGCACAUUGCUGCAUUUAACUACCGAUUCUGUUUUUAAACAUGGUUCUGUCACGCGUUACUGAAGUGGCACUGUAACUCGCUGCUACUAAAUGGAUUGACUACGUAACAAAAUGAUGAAUAUUUGAAAAAAACAUCGCUCUGAAUCUAAAGAUGAAUCAGCCAAUGAGGUUGUCAAAAGGAAGGUUGGCAAUGGUUGGUUACUAGGGUGGCCUGAGCCUUGAGCUGGCCACUAAAUUCUGAAAAGCAGUUUUACCUCUUGAUUGAAACCGCAAUGGAAAACUGAAUGAGAUUGCGUGACUGUCGCGCUUUUCAUGACUGCUUGCCACAGAAUGGUUUAAUUGAUUUGUUUCUAUAAAAGUUUUAUGCUAAUAUAAGUUUACUACUUGUGGCAAAAUGAAUGGCUGUUUUGGUACCAGUGCUUAUACAAGUGAGAUAAUAUUAAUCUAAAACUUUAUUUAAUACUGAUUUUUCCAGAUCAAACCAUCAUGGCACAGAGUGGAAACGGAGCAGCAAAUGAGAGUGAUGCUACGUCACAUGGUACAGAACAAGAGCUGAACUUUGAUGAUGGCACAUUGAAAGGUGAAGAUUCUUACAACUGUUAAUAAUGUAUCACCAACGUGACUAAAUGGAUUGACUACGUACCAAAAAAAAGUUUAAAAUGGUAAAAAACAUCGCUCUGAAUCUAUAGAUCAAACAGUUGCCGAAACGUGAAUACGCAAUGCUUGGUUGCCAGGGUGGCGUGAGCCGUGAGUUGGCCACUGAAUUCUGGAAAGCAGUUUCACUCUUGAUCGAAAGUGCAAUGGAAAUAUGAAUCAGAUUACGUGUACCGUCCUGUUAUAUGAAAAUGACUUCACCGCGCGUUUCAUGACUGCCUGCCACAGAAUUGUUUAAUUGAUUUGUUUCAAUAAAAAUUUUAUACUAAUGUAACUUUACCAUUUGUGUCAAAAUGAAUGGCUGUUUUGGUCGCAGUGCUUAUACAGUUAAAGAUAAUAUUAAUUUACGGCUUUAUACUGAUUUUUCCAGAUCAAACCAUCAUGGCACAGAGUGGAAACGGAGCAGCAUGUGAGAGUGAUGUUACAUCACUUGGUACCGGACAAGGGCUGAACUUUGAUGAGGACACACUGAAAGGUAAAGAUUCUUACGACUGUUAAUAGUGUAUCACCAAAUGGCCUUUAACACAGUAAACUAAAAAGUGUUGUUGUCAAUAUGGUCAUAGCCGCCAAAUGUUUAAAAUUAUCUAAUUAACAUUGUUUUUAUGAGGAAUUUUUAUCAAUAAAGUGUUAUCAAUAACGAAAGCUGUUGCAAAUUAUGACUAUUAUCUUCUUAAGUUCUAUAAGGCUAUGAUAUACAAGUAAACGUAACCGAGUUUCACUUAAUUAGACCAAAAAGAAAUAAUAUGUUUUUUAAGAGUUAUUCUAAUGAUGGUACAUUGCUGCAAUUAACUCUCGAUUCUGUUGUUAAACAUGGUUCUGUCACGCGUUACUGAAGUGGCACUGUAGCUCGCUGCUACUAAAUGGAUUGACUACGUAACAAAAUAAAGAAUAAUUGAAAAAAAAAACAUCGCUUUAAAUCCGAAGAUGAAUCAGCUACCGAGAUUGUCGAAACGAGAGUUGGCUGUGGUUGGUUACAAGGGUGGCCUGAGCCGUGAGUGAGGCAUUGAAUUCUGAAAAGCAGUUUCAGGUCUUGAUUAAAAGCGCAAUGGAAAAAUGAAUCAGAUUACGUGUACUGUCCUGUUAUAUGAAAAAGACUUUACCGAUCGUUUCAUGACUGCCUUUUACAGAAUUGUUUUUUGAUUUGUUUCAAUCAAAAUUUUAUACUAAUGCAAGUUUUACCAUUUUUGUCAAAACGAAUGGCUGUUUUCUUUGCAGUGCUUAGACAAUUGAAGAUAAUAUUAAUUUACAGCUUUAUACUGAUUUUUCCAGAUCAAACCAUGAUGGCACAGAGUGGAAACGGAACAGCAUGUGAGAGUGAUGUUACAUCACUUGGUACCGGACAAGGGCUGAACUUUGAUGAGGACACACUGAAAGGUAAAGAUUCUUACAACUGUUAAUAGUGUAUCACCAAAUGGCCUUUAACACAGCAAACUAAAAAGUGUUGUUGUCAGUGUGGUCAUAGCCGCCAAAUGUUUAUAAAGAGCAAACGGGAUUUAUCUAAUUAACAUUGUUUUUAUGAGGAAUUUUUAUCAACAAAGUAUUAUCAAUAACGAAAGCUGUUGCAAAUUAUGACUAUUAUCUUCUUAAGUCCAAUAAAGCUAUGAUAUACAAGUAAACUUAACCAAGUUUCACUUCAUUGGACCAAAAAGAAAUUGUAUGUUUUUUAAGAGUUAUUCUAAUGAUGGCACAUUGCUGCAAUUAACUCCCGAUUCUGUUUUAAAACAUUGUUAUGUCACGCGUUACUGAAGUGGCACUGUAACUCGCUGCGUCUAAAUGAGCUUAAAUGGAUUGACUACGUAACAAAAAAAGUAAAUAAUUGUAAAAAACAUCGCUCUGAAUCUGAAGAUGAAUCAGCUACCGAGGUUGCCGAAACGUGAAUUCGCAAUGGUUGGUUGCUAAGGUGGCCUGAGCCGUGAGUGGGCCACUGUAUUCUGGAAAGCAGUUUCACUUUUGAUCGAAAGUGCAAUACAAGUUUGAUUCAGAUUACGUGUACUGUCCUGUUGAACGAAAAUGACUUCGCCGCGCGUUUCGUGACUGCCUGCGACUUUAAUUGAUUUGUUUCAAUAAACGUUUUAUACUAAUGUAAGUUUACCGCUUGUGGUAAAAUGAAUGGCUGUUUUGGUACCAGUGCUUAUUAUUAUGAGGAAUUUUUAUCAACAAAGUAUUAUCAAUAACGAAAGCUGUUGCAAAUUAUGACUAUUAUCUUCUUAAGUCCUAUAAAGCUAUGAUAUACAAGUAAACUUAACCGAGUUUCACUUAAUUGGACCAAAAAGAAAUAAUAUGUUUUUCAAGGGUCAUUGUAAUGAUGGCACAUUGCUGGAAUUAACUCCCGAUUUUGUUUUUAAAUAUGGUUCUGUCACGCGUUACUGAAGUGGCACUGUAACUUGCUGCUACUAAAUGGAUUGACUACGUAACAAAAAAAUAAAUAAUUGAAGAAAAACAUUGUUCUGAAUCUGAAGAUGAAUCAGCCACUGAGCUUGUCCAAACGUAAGCUCGCAAUGGUUGAUUACUAGGGUGGCCUCCGCCGUGAGUGGGCCACUGAAUUCUGAAAAGCAGUUUCACGUCUUGAUUGAAAGCGCAAUGGAAAACUGAAUCAGAUUACGUGACUGUCGCGCUUUUCAUGACUGCCUGCAACAGAAUUUUUUAAUUGAGUUGUUUCAAGUUUUAUGCUAAUAUAAGUUUACCACUUGUGGCAAAAUGAAUGGCUGUUUUGGUACCAGUGCUUAUACAAGUGAGAUAAUAUUAAUUUAAAGCUUUAUUUUAUCUGAUUUUUCUAGAUCAAACCAUCAUGGCACAGAGUGGAAACGGAGCAGCAAAUGAGAGUGAUGUUACGUCACUUGGUACCGGACAAGAGCUGAACUUUGAUGAUGGCACAUUGAAAGGUGAAGAUUCUUACAACUGUUAAUAGUGUAUCACCAAAAGGCCUUUAAGGUGAUUCCUUAGUAAAAGAAUCUAACAUAGAUUGUAGAUGAAACUUGGUACACUGAUGAAACAAGUCAAGAAGAUGAUAAAAAAGUGAUAAAAAGUGGGGGUCACGGGGCUUGUUUUGACGUCACAAUGCUGACAUAUACCUGCUAUUUAGGACCCUUUGACAAAAACGGCGCGGAGUCCAAAAGUAGACGAAAAGGAGAGGUUUUUUCGAUGAUGCAUGUGGUAACACACAGAAUUUGACUUUAAUGUAUUGUUUAUCUACUUACGUACCAGAAAAAUGCCUUUUAAUGCCCUUGUUUUUAAUAUACGCUCCAAAGUAGAAUUAAAUUGGACACGCCUUAUUCGACCCGUGAUAGCUCAAUCCGUACAAUCUAGUAAAAUUGCGAAAAAACUGAACAUAGAUUUGUGCCAAUUUUUUUUCUCAUCGAAAGGAAAAACUGUCCUUAUUAAAAUCAUGAAGUAAAAAAAUGGGGGUCACCGUACUCGUUUUUGCGGUAGAGCUGGAGAAAGUCCGCACCAAAUGCAUUUUCUCCGAUUUUUGAGAGAGGACUGGGGCGCGUUUCAAAAUGUCAUGUAUGUGAAAGGGGGAAGAAAGUAUUAAGAAAAUCCGUCUUUACAGAGUUUACAUUGAGAUAUCUCAUUUAGGACAAAUUGUGAUAAAGAAAGCGUGUAAAUGAAAAUCAAAGUAAGAACAAGUUUAACAUCCACUGUCGAGGUUCUCCGUGAGGAAGUCGAGCUCAGCAACACGCGCGCGUACUGGUUCCGUUAUGCACAUUCCCAACACACUGAGUCUCACCUCGGCAAGAAAAAAACCGCAAGCAAAAAUUCCAAUAGCUUUUCUCUUCAGUAAACUUCACUUUAAUAAUGUUACUGAAAUGCUCUAUUUUUAAGGCGGCCAUCUUGUUAUGCGCAGUAAGAGAUGCGCAGUGCACUUCCAGAGAAUCACCUUAACAUAGCACACUAAGGAGAAAUGAAAUAAAAGAUACAGAAAAAAAAAACUUCAUUUGAAAACAUUCAACAUACAAAAGUGAUUAAAGAGUGAAAGUCGUUACACAUUAUCUCUAGUGAAGGUGGUUUUUAAAUUUUUUAUCUAGAUUAAGCUUUUUUUAGUAUAGAUUUCGUGGUCAACGAAUUACUUUCUCUCGAGGAUUCACCGUUGUAUCCAGCGCUGCAUCAGCUCCCGGCAGGCACGACUCCUAUUUUCCCGCCAACCGGAAAGAUGCGCUCGUACUGCGCAUAACGCUUCAGUAGUAUUCUCUAAAGCUACAAAUUUAAUACAUUUCAAGCUUUUUUGGCAGUUUUAACUUCAGAAAGUGAGUAACUGAACGACCAAAUUUGCCACUGUUUCACCAAUGUCAGUCAUGUCAUGGUCAUCGCCAUUCAUGAGUUAACAAGUGACACCAUUUGCCUAUCCGGGGAAUAAAUGAUCUCUGUCAUAUUUUUUGUUUUAAUCUGUAGCAAAGAGACGAAGAAGGAAAUGAACACAAAAAAAGUUACACACGAUAGUCCGCAUUAUACUCUUAUCUUUUGCACUCACAAUUUUAUUUUUUUUUUAAACCAUAGCAAGUUUCAUUCUCAACGAGUAUUCCGCAUUUCAAGAGACGCGAAUGAUCAUUCUGUCUUGGUCAAGCCAACUAAAAAAAUCAUUGCCAAAUUUUCCUACCCCAAAAGAAUCCUGGAAUCAAAAAUUUCAAACCCAAAAAAUCCUUCGAUCAUCUCCGUCACUAAAAAUCGGGAGUACCUCAACUGGGGUUUCGUUCGACCCCAAAUUUCUUUAUCGAAAGUUUUCAUCUGUGCAUAUGUCGUACUUAUAACCGCAAAACAGAUUGUCGAUUACGAAGCUGAAUCGCAGAUAUCUACAAGUAAAAAGGAAACAACCACCAAUGGGAUAAAAACCAAGUGUCCUGUAUUUUUUGGAAACCGAAAUACACUCAACUGGAAAACGAAGCACCCUCAACUCCGGUGAAAAUGCCUGAAAUAAACUACAAUGGGGUGGGGUAUUUGGAAUCAAACGUCUGCCUCGGGGAUGGGGAGAGUAUGGUAGAGUUUUAAAUUUUUAGCUCCUUACAUUAAGAAAUUUUACAGUAUUGUGGUGUUUGCCAAAUUUUCGUGCGGUACUUAUGUAAUUGUGGUCUUGAAUUCUGAUAUUGUGGCAUUAAUAAACAAGCGGAAUUUUUUGUUUUUGGCUCGGUGAUUUUUAGCAUGGUUUUGCUAAAUUUGUCGAUUUUUCGGUAUACCCCUACCCCGUGCAAUCUUAAUUUUCGAGCAUGCGUAUAAUUCUACUACAAGACCGGCUUCGAUAGUGUGAUGUGGUGCCCAGUUGCGGGUGUAGAAGGUUUUUACUUUAGUGCCAAACAGUAAUAUUCCCAUGCUAAUUUGUUAUGGGGUUAAAGACCCUUGUUGAACCCACGAACAGAAACAAUUAGAAAGAAAUUUAUAAUAAUGGAUGCCGAAAUCGUAUACUCUAACCACAGCACCUUGACAUGGUAUCAUUUAUUAUUAUUACUCAUUAUUAUUAUGAUUAUGAUUAUAAUUAUUAGCAUCAUUAUGAUUAUGCCUAUGAUUAUCGUGAUUAUUCUUUGAAAAGGUUGUUUUAGUGUUAAUCCAAUCUUAAGUUUUUGUAAUUUGAAACUAAAAAACGUGUUGUUUUCAAUGUGGUCAUGGCCGCCAAAUAUCUUUAAGUAGCAAACGGGAUUUGUCUAAUUAACAAUGUUUUUAUAUCGCGAAAUUUUAUCAACAAAGUAUUAUCAAUAACGAAAGCUGUUGCAAAUUACGGCCAUUAUCUCCUUCAGUCCUUAAAAGCUUCAAGUAAACUUAAUCGAGUUUCGCUUGGACCAAAAAGAAACAAUAUGUUUAUAAGGGUCAUUCUAAUGAUGGCACAUUGCUGCAAUUGACUCCUGAUUCUGUUUUCAAAUAUGGCUCUGUCACGCGUUACUGAAGUGGCACUGUAACUGGCUGCUACUACAUGGAUCGAUUACGUAACAAAAAAAUAAAUAAUGGAAAAAAAACAUCGCUCUAAAUCUGAAGAUGAAUCAGCUACCGAGAUUGGCUACUGAAUUCUGGAAAGCAGUUUCAUGUCUUGAUUGAAAGGGCAAUCGAAAACUGAAUCAGAUUACGUGUACUGUCCUUUUGUAUGAAAAUGACUUCACAGCGAGUUUCAUGAUUACCUGCCACAGAAUUUUGAUUGAUUUGUUUCAAUAAAAGUUUUAUACUAAUGUAAGUUUACCACUUGUGGCCAAAUGAAUGGCUGUUUUGGUACCAGUGCUUAAACAAGUGAAGAUAAUAUUAGCUUAAAGCUUUAAAUAUACUUGAUUUUUCCAGAUCAAAACAUUAUGGCACAGAGUGGAAACGGAGCCGCAUGUGACCGUGAUGUUACGUCACUUGGUACCGGACAAGAGCUGAACUUUCAUGAUGACACACUGAAAGGUAAAGAUUCUUACAACUGUUCAUAGUGUAUCACCAAAUGGCCUUUAACACAGCAAACUAUGGAAAAAUGAAAUAAAAGAUAUAAAAAAGGAAAAAAACGUCAUUUGAAAACAUUCAACAUACGGAAGUGCAUUGGUUAAAGAGUGAAAGUCGUUAAACAUAAUCUCUACUCAAGGCGGUGUUUUAACUUUUUAUCUAGAUUAGGCUUUUUCUAGAAUUAGUGGCCGACGAACUCUUUUAUCUUGCGGAUACACCGUUAUAGACAACACUGCAUUAGCUCCCGGAAAGUAUGAAAAGGAGUAUAAUUGGAAAAGAACUAAGUAUCCUGUAUUUUUUGGAAACCGAAAUACACUCAACUGGAAAACAAAGCACCCUCAACUCCGGUGAAAGGGCCUGCAACCAACUAAAAUGAGCCAGUUAAUUUGAAGUUUUGAAUUUGCGUUGCCUCUAGGUACUUUUACCCACGGUGGGGCAUUUGGAAUCAAAAGUUUGUCUCGGGGAGGGGAGACUAUGGUAGAGUUUUACAUUUUUAGCGCCUUACAUUGAGAAAUUUUGCGGUAUUGGUGUUCGGCAAAUUUUCACGAGGUACCUUUUAUACCCCUAGCCACUUCAAUCUUAUUUUGCAUGCGGACACUUCUACUACAAGACCUGCUUCGACAGUGUGAUAUUGUGCCCAGUUGCGGUUGUCGAAAGCUUUUCACUUUAGUACCAAACAAUAUUUCCAUGAUAAUUUGUUAUGCGGUUGAACCCAUCAACAGAAACAAUAAGAAAGGCAUUUAUAACAAUGGACGCCGAAAUGCUAUGGUGCAACCACAGCACCCUCACAUGGUACCAUUUAUUAUUAUUAUUAUUAUUACUAUUAUUUGAAAAGGUUAUUUUAGUGUUAAUCCAAUCUUAAGAUUUGGUAGUUUAUCACGAAUUUUUAUCAACAAAGUAUUACUGAUCAAUAACGAAUUAAGCUUUUUGCCUCAAGUUUUAAAAAGCUACAAGUAAUUUUAUUUCACUUGCACGAAAAUGAGAUAAUAUGUUUAUAAGGGUCAUUCUAAUGAUACCACAUUGCUGCAAUUAACUCCUAAAUCUGUUUUCAAACACACGCCGGGGAUGGUUCUGUCACGCGAAGAAAAUUGCUCUGAAUCUGAAUCUGACGCGCAAUAGUAAAAUGAAUCAGAUUACAUGUACUGUCCUGUUAUAUGAAAAUGACUUCACCGCGCGUUUCAUGACUGCCUGCCACAGAAUUUUGAUUGACUUUUUUUUUCGGCAAUAAAAGUCUUGAAAAUGAAGAAAUGAUCGUCGCAGUGAACGCAAUUUAUGCAAUUGCCUGAAGAAGCCUGAAAAAAAAUUCAGGACUUCAACGGGGUUAAUGUGAGUUUACCACUUGUGGCAAAAUGAAUGCCUGUUUUGGUACCAGAGCUUAUAAAAGUGAAGAGAAUAUUAAUUUAAAGCCUUUUAAUGAUUUUUCCAGGUCAAACCAUCAUGGCGCAGAGUGGAAACAGAGCAGCAUGUGACCGUGACGUUACGUCACUUGGUACCGGAAAGGAGCUGAACCUUGAUGAUGACACAAUGAAAGGUAAAGAAUUUUAAAACUGUUAAUAGUGUAUCACCAAAAGGCCUUCAACAUUUGAAAACAUUCAACAUACGGAAAUGCAUGGUUAAAGAGUAGAAGUCGUUAAAUAGUUACUGAAGAUGGUUUUUUAAACUUGUAUCUAGAUUAAGCUUUUGCUAUAAUUUGUGGCCGGCGAAUUCUUUUAACUUUCGGGUUCACCGUUAUAGACAACACUGCAUUAGCUCCCGGCAAGUGUGAUUCCUAUUUUCCCGCCAACCCGAAAGAUGCACUUGUAGCGCAUAACGCCUUAGUAGUGUUCCUUCUGGAGCUACUAAUUUAAUGCAUUUUUAGCUUUUUCGGAAUUUUUAACUUCAGAAAGUGAGUAACUGAACGAGCAAAUUUACCUCUAUCUGUAACUAAUGUCAUGGUGAACGCCAUUUAUGAGUUAAUAAGUAACACCAUUUGCCUAACCGGGGAAUAAAUGAUCUCUGUCAUUUGUCUUUUAAUCGCUACUUGUAGCAAAGAGAUGAAGACGGAAAUGAACACAAAAAUAGUUGGAUACGGUAGUCCCGUGUUGUACUUUUAUCCUACUCACAAUUAUAAUUCACCAUUUUAUUUUUGUUUUCUUUAUUUAUUUUUUCUAUCACUCUUCCUGUCGAAAGGAUCAGUUCACGAUUCAAGCUCUGGCGUCGAGGAUACUGUACUGACAUUGAAAAUAAACCCAGGAACCAAAUUUGGAACACUUAUAAAGCCCAUGCUCAGUAUAUUUGAUGUAAUUAUUUUUCGAUUUAAUGGCAUAAUAAAACAACCUGCUUUAUUUUUAGCAAUAGUUGAAGUCUACAAAACCGAAGGCAAUGAAGCAUGCUUAAAGGAAGAUUACAGCAACGCCGUUUACUUUUAUACUGAGGUACUUAAAGCAAACUGCAAGGACGAAGACCUAGCAGUAUCCUUUUACUCUAAAUAUUCCUCCAUACAGUGUGCAUAGCUGAAAGAUGAUUUAUUUUCGCAACUUGUUAUACACCUGCACUUCCUUUACGAUCUGGUUACCAUUUUUAUCGACUGACGGUUCGGUGCUUAUUUGAGGGCGGUGCUUAUCUAAACUUCUUCUGCGAAUUACACAGAAGUACGUGAUAUUUUCUUAGUAUUUCUUUGUUUUGUUCAUAAACGACCCCCAAAACACAAACGUUAUUUCUAAUAAAAGUGAGUUUUUAAAAAGUCUGUGUAGCAAUAACAGUGACAACAAUAUUAACAAGAGAGGAUUAUCCUCUCUUUAACUAUAUGUUGCUGGGAGCUUGCUGCGUUUAUUACAGUCAUACCUGUAUCGGCUGUCACCCUUAAGAUAUGGGCGACCGCUAUAUAUAAGUUUCCUGUAGACUAAACUGGAUGUUGAGUUCGUCCAACGCUUGUAGUUCACUCCAUUCGAUUGCCAUGAAAAGGUUAACUGAUUGACGAUUUCGCUAGUAUUCAUUUUUCCGUGUACUUUGGAGAACACAUAGCAAAGUUUGCUGCAUGAUUUGAUCGUAAUCCUAUUUGCUGACCUUUAUGCACAGGUAAAAAAAUAAUGGAAUCGUGCAUUUUGGGAGUCUAAAGGGGGCCGGACCGCAUCUGUUUUACAGAGGUGACCACUAUGCAGAUCAACUUUAGGAGAGUUGUCCAGUAGCCGUAGUAUGUAGGGUGACCGCUAUAUACAGGGCCGUUAUAUACAGGUUGACUGUUUUCUUUUUGUUUCUAACUUUAGGCUGCUCAUAAGGGGCAACGCUCUUCCGAUUUGACACGGUACACAUUCUUUUUAAAACAUUUUUGCUUUCCAAGCCAAAAAGGGGGAGAUGUAUCUUGUUGUUUUCACCUAGUUGUAUAUGAUAUUGAUACAACCCCGUAGUAGACUAGAAUCACAACAAGAUGAGAUAAGUUAAUUAUAUUCCACCUAGUUGCAAGUAUACUUAACUUCAACUUAAUUUCGAUAUUAUUUACACCUUAACAAUUUGAAAAGAUCGACACGGAAAACACCACGUUGCUUGAACUAAGAAAACUGGCGUUGAAAUACGUAAAUAAAGCGACGAGUAGAAGAGCCGUGGAGAACGAGGUACUUUGUUUUAUUUCUAUAAAAGGGCAUUUUGAAUCGUUUUGCCUUUAAAUUGUCGAAGUGACAUAAAUAUUACAUAUUAAUACUUAUUGCUGAUGAUACCAUAUGGUUGACUCUAAUAGAAGAGAUUCCAUCGAUACCACCAUUCGUUCCUUUUGGGCGAAUGUUAAAUACAGUCGAAUGGCUGGUUCGUCCUUCUUGCAUUGAACUCAGCUGUUUCGAUUCAACCAAUGAUCAGUGAUGAUGGAACUUGAAAAGGUUAUAUAUGAGAUUUCAAGGGUUUGAAUUAAUGUUGAUGGAAGUUAAUGUCUAUUUUCUACCCGCAUAUACAGCAUUCCCCAACUAAAAUAAAUAUUAGUUCAUAAUUAUAACUAAUAGAAAAGACAUACUUUCCGAAAAAUAAUUUCCUUAAAGAAACUUUAGGUACUUUCCAUUCAACCAAAACGUCAGCUUGCGGGAAUUUUCGGCAUUUUACCGUAGCAAAUAGAACAGCAUUUUUCAAAACUUCCAAAAAAGAGGACAACCUCGCGAGGUAUACCCAAUUUUUUUUCCCGGAAGUUUUCUUUCCAUUAAUUUUUGCUCCGGCGAUUUCUAGGCAGAAUUUUCGUUUGAAUGGUUCCCUUUUCGGAAAUUCAACAGUUUCCGGAAUUUCUGGAAACAUGUCCUGGAAAUUUCUGUACCAUUUGCCUCUGUUUCCAAAUUUUCGAAAGGUUUAGUUGAAUGGAAAGCGCCCCUUGAUUCUCUGUGCGAUAACUUUCAUAGACGAGAAAAUAAAUAACGGGGAAGUCAAGGCGGACUGUCAAAUAUCAGCUCUUGUAGUAUCCGUUUAAGAAAUAAAGUUCAUCAGUAAUACCCCUAUACUUGAGAGAGCAGGAGAGACUCUGAUACUCAGAAACUUGCUGACCGAGCUAUAUUGUGUGCUAAUCUGUUUUCAAAGCCACAAUCCCACUCAUGCAAGUAAUAACAGCGGGAUUUUGUAUUGCUGGCGAUUUGGCUGCAGCAGUAUUAGCAGGGUCGUCCGAAAUAUCAAAGUUAAAUCCCCAAGAAUAGAGUUGACUGUUCGUAUUGCCACAAAAAAUCUUGCCGGCUAUUUUCUUCCUCACGAAGGGUAUAACUUUACAUUAAAAACAUCUUCUAUACCAUGACUUGCUUCAAAAGAGGGUUUGUUUUACAUUUUUUUAUAGGCAUGCCCAGGAAGCAAAGGCAAACAUGGAAAACCCGAACAAACUUCCAAAACGAAUUGGUUGUACAGUAAUUACCUUGGAAUGAAAGCUUCAAAACGCGGUGAUUUUAAAAUAGCCCGGGAUUACUUCGAGAUGUCAUUGAAUGAAGCCAAACAGAUCCGGAACAAAGACGCAGAAGGAGUUAGCUAUAACAACCUUGGCCUCGCCUAUCAUUCUCUCAGUGAUUUCAAAAAAGCAAUCGAGUUUUAUCAGCUGGCUCUUAGAAUCGCAAAAGAUACUGGAAACAAAGAUCAAGAAGCAACUACAUACAACAACCUUGGCAGUGCCUAUCAGUCUCUCAGUGAAUUCAAAAAAGCAAUCGAGUUUUAUCAGCUGGCUCUAAGAAUCACAAAAGAUACUGGAAACAAAGAUCAAGAAGCAACUAUAUAUAACAACCUUGGCAGUGCCUAUCAGUCUCUCAGCGAUUUCAAAAAAGCAAUCGAGUUUUAUCAGCUGGCUCUAACAAUCGCAAAAGAUACUGGAAACAAAGAUCAAGAAGGAACUAUAUAUAACAACCUUGGCCGUGCCUAUCAGUCUCUCAGUGAUUUCAAAAAAGCAAUCGAGUUUCAUCAGCUGGCUCUAAGAAUAGCAAAAGAUACUGGAAACAAAGAUCAAGAAGGAACUAUAUAUAACAACCUUGGCUGUGCCUAUCAGUCUCUCAGUGAUUUCAAAAAAGCAAUCGAGUUUUAUCAGCUGGCUCUAAGAAUCGCAAAAGAUACUGGAAACAAAGAUCAAGAAGCAGCUACAUAUAACAACCUUGGCCUCGCCUAUCAGUCUCUCAGUGAUUUCAAAAAAGCAAUCGAGUUUUAUCAGCUGGCUCUAAGAAUCACAAAAGAUACUGGAAACAAAGAUGGAGAAGCAACUAUAUAUAACAACCUUGGCCUCGCCUAUCAGUCUCUCAGUGAAUUCAAAAAAGCAAUCGAGUUUUAUCAGCUGGCUCUAAGAAUCGCAAAAGAUACUGGAAACAAAGAUCAAGAAGCAACUAUAUAUAACAACCUUGGCCUCGCCUAUCAGUCUCUCAGUGAAUUCAAAAAAGCAAUCGAGUUUUAUCAGCUGGCUCUAAGAAUCGCAAAAGAUACUGGAAACAAAGAUGGAGAAGCAACUAUAUAUAACAACCUUGGCCGUGCCUAUCAGUCUCUCAGUGAUUUCAAAAAAGCAAUCGAGUUUUAUCAGCUGGCUCUAAGAAUCGCAAAAGAUACUGGAAACAAAGAUCAAGAAGCAACUAUAUAUAACAACCUUGGCCUCGCCUAUCAGUCUCUCAGUGAAUUCAAAAAAGCAAUCGAGUUUUAUCAGCUGGCUCUAAGAAUGGCAAAAGAUACUGGAAACAAAAAUCUAGAAGCAACUAUAUAUAACAACCUUGGCCUCGCCUAUCAGUCUCUCAGUGAAUUCAAAAAAGCAAUCGAGUUUUAUCAGCUGGCUCUAAGAAUCACAAAAGAUACUGGAAACAAAGAUGGAGAAGCAACUAUAUAUAACAACCUUGGCCUCGCCUAUCAGUCUCUCAGUGAAUUCAAAAAAGCAAUCGAGUUUUAUCAGCUGGCUCUAAGAAUCGCAAAAGAUACUGGAAACAAAGAUCAAGAAGCAACUAUAUAUAACAACCUUGGCCUCGCCUAUCAGUCUCUCAGUGAAUUCAAAAAAGCAAUCGAGUUUUAUCAGCUGACUCUAAGAAUGGCAAAAGAUACUGGAAACAAAAAUCUAGAAGCAACUAUAUAUAACAACCUUGGCCUCGCCUAUCAGUCUCUCAGUGAAUUCAAAAAAGCAAUCGAGUUUUAUCAGCUGGCUCUAAGAAUCACAAAAGAUACUGGAAACAAAGAUCAAGAAGCAACUAUAUAUAACAACCUUGGCCUCGCCUAUCAGCCUCUCAGUGAAUUCAAAAAAGCUAUCGAGUUCCAUCAGCUGGCUCUAAGAAUCGCAAAAGAUACUGGAAACAAAGAUCAAGAAGCAACUAUAUAUAACAACCUUGGCCUCGCCUAUCAGUCUCUCAGUGAUUUCGAAAAAGCAAUCGAGUUUUAUCAGCUGGCUCUAACUAUCGUAAAAGAUACUGGAAACAAAGAUCAAGAAGCAGCUGUAUAUAACAACCUUGGCUGCGUUAAUCAGUAUCUCGGUGAUUUGGAAAAGGCGAUGGAGCUUUAUCAGCUGAGUCUAAGAAUCGCAAAAGAUACUGGGAACAAAGAUGCAGAAGGAGCUAUAUAUAUCAAUCUCGGUAAUUUCUAUGCGCAUCACUGUGAUUUCGAAAAAGCAAGGGAAUCUUAUCAGCUAGCCAGAAGUAUAGCAAACGAGACUGGAAACAAAGAUGAAGAACAACGUGGAUAUAAUAGCCUUGCUGAUGUUCUUUGGCUUCUUGGCGACUACUCCAAAGCCGAGGAGUGUUUUAAAUCCUGUAUUGAACUGGUAGAGGAAAUGAGAGUCCUCCUUGAAGGAAACGACGAGUGGAAAAUCAGCUUUCGGAAUGAACGUGAUUGCGUUAGUCGUUUAGUGAGACUUCAAUUACAACAACGCACUGAACGUAAGACACUCGAGGCGCUUUUAACAGCUGAGAGGGGACGAGCAGAAGCUCUCGUGGACCUCUUGGAAUCGCAAUAUGGCGUCAGGAAAUCAAUCUGUUCGCUGUCGAAACAGCAGACGGAACUUAUCAUUUCAAACCAUAUUUCGUCACCCACGUUAUUUCUAAUGAAUGAUACCCAGUCAGUGAAUAUCUGGAUGCUGUUAAAGGGGGGAAAGCUGUAUGGCUUUGUGCAAGAGGGAGUUAGUGAUGACUUGACAUCAAUGACUUAUCAAACCUACAAACAGAUUGAUGUGAACAAAAGCCUGUGGAAAAAGAUUCGCCCCCAGGAAAGAGAUUGA